CAGGUUGCUAGGUAAACUGUGCAGGGGAGUACAGUAAAACACUGUCUACUCAAGCAGGUUGGAGCAAGUGAGAGCGACCUGGCAUCAUACUAUUAAAAAAAAGCUUCAGUUUAAAUCCAGAAUCAGGAGGUAAAUUGGCAUUAUUUGACACACCUGUGAUCAAAGUGAUCUUUUUGAUAGUGUGUGUUUCAAGGAGUUUUGUUUUCAUGGCAACAGGAGUGAUCGGGUCUGCUGUGCUUCAGUAAACUACGCUUUUCUUUGACUCUGUACAAAGGAGUAUCUGUUGUUCACUCUGCUGCAGGUGGAUAACUGCGCUCAGGUAAUGUAAUACGAAACUUAACCAUGUGACCAAUGGCGAUCUGAAGAGUAGACAAAAAAACUGCUUUACAUAAAACACCACCGGUAGAGCAGACAGUCGAGGAUGUAGUCCAAUCUUUGAUACAAGCUUUUUUUGAAGCACGGUGUUUUUCUCGAGAUUUCACCUGUUGGACUAAACCACUUGUUGCAGUUUAUGACAAGGUGGGGCGGAAGCGAGGAAUACACCUGCUCGAUGUUUCCCGUUUUGAUUCGAUCGCCUGAAUGGAUCAAUGCUGUUCCAGAUGGGCGAUAAAUCCACACAGUGAAUGUUGGAACUAAUGAUGGACCCAAGCUGAUGUCCCAGAGUCCCAUGUCUGCCCUCACUUUGCCCUGCUGGUCACGGGUAGAGAUGGCGGCGUGUCCGGAUGUGCUGGCCAGACCUGGAGUUGUGGUCAGGAGUGUUAUACUGUUGCUCCUGAGCAGUAAUCCUGUCAGGGGGAAUUAUACUAUGCUUGCAAGCGAGACCCGUUCUAAUGGCACCGAUGACGGACCCAACAUUGCAGCCAUCGUGGCCCCUACAGUCACACUGGGUGUUCUGGCCAUAGUCUUGGCCGUUCUUGGCUGGCUCCUCUGCGUGGUGAAAAAGAGGAGGCAGACAGAAGGGACGUAUAGACCCAGUGCUGAGGAACAGUCUGGUGCACAUGGUGUGGCAGCACCAGAUGCUCUAAAGUUACCAAAGGAGGAAAGACUCAUUUGAAAUCUUAAGCUUUGUGUUUUUACAAAAUCCUUCAAGGAUGACAUUUUUUUGUAGAGUCUACCUUCAGCUGAUCAAUCAAAGAAACACCUUCCCAGGAUAAAGAGAGGACAUUAUUGCCAGGUUUGAGGCCUAUUCACAUGAUGCAUUUACUUACUGCUUUCAUUUCAAUGGGCAUUGAAUGGUUCCUGUGUGGCACUAUGAAGAAAUGCACCUGGAUGUAUGGAUCUCACAAGAUUUGAAGAACAAUUUAACAUUUCAAGGAGGUUUUUGAACAUUUAUUUCGCACAAAUUAAGACUUUCAGUAUUUUAUCUCCACUAAUCUUUUAGUUUAGAGAUGUUUUUUCUUGUUAAGGUUGCCAUUUACUAUGUAGCUUUUUUUGAUUUGAUACAGGGAAAAGCAAUAUAUUUGUAGUCCUGAUGAGUCCAUUGCAUUUUAAAUCAAGACAAAUAAUUUUCAGACUAAUAAUAAUAACAAUGAAACAUCUUAUUACAGUUUAAAGGGCCCAUGUCAUGCUUUUCCGGUUAUUACCCG